GUGCUGAGAGGUAAACACAUUGAAAUUCCGACUGCGGCGCUGCAGAAGUCGCCACUGUGAACUUUUUCUCAUCCCCUUGCAGGGGCCUUUGGGAGGACUGUUGGAAGUGACUCAGCUGUCUUCAUAGAGACAUCAUGUACGGGCUGCUGUGUGAGAGUCUGCACGACUUCAUCAAGGAGUCGUACGGCGACGACGUGUGGAAGCUGGUCAGGGAGAGAGCCGAUGUCAGGCUGCACUCCUUUGUUACCCACCAGGUGUACAGUGAGAGUGUGAUUCCACGUAUUGCAAAGGCGGCCAGUGGAGUGACAGGAACGCCCUACAAUGAGCUGAUGAAUUCCUGGGGUGUCUACUUCCUGGGCUUCGUUGGGAAGUACGGCUAUGACAGGAUCCUCAAGGUGCUGGGCCGUCACGUACGUGACUUCGUCAACGGCCUCGAUAAUCUCCACGAGUACCUGCGCUUCAGCUACCCCAAGGUGCAGCCCCCAACCUUCUUCUGCCAGGAGGAGUCCGCCACCGGGGUCACCCUCCACUACAGGAGUAAACGUAAGGGCUAUCUGCACUACGCCAUGGGUCAGCUGAGGCAGAUGGGGAAGCAGUUCUACGACACCGACAUCCACGUGGAGGUGCUGUCUGAGCAGAUGGUCGGGGACUAUUCCCACGUCACCAUGAGGCUGAACUUUGACAACUCGGCCUACCGCUACAUCAUGAAGGAGGAUGAGGAGGAGCAGGAGAUUUUGCCCAUCACCUCUGACUUCUUCUUUGAGGUCUUCCCCUUCAACAUCGUCUUCAGACAGGACAUGGUGGUGCAUAAUGUUGGCUCCGGCCUGGCCACAGUCUUCCCCGAUCUGGAUGGGAAGAAGAUCAACGACGCCUUCCUUCUGGCUCGCCCCCUGGUGGAGUUCACCUGGAACAUGAUCAUCUCCCACCCCAACAACCUGUUUGAGAUCAUGUCCAAGGAGCCCGUGAAGAGAGAGAGGAACCUUCACAACCGAGUCCAGAAUUCCGACUACGACAACGCCAACCGCUCUGCUGACGUAGAUGUGGAGCUCAUGGCUUUCCAGUCCAUCAUUGGAGAUGAUUACAAAGACGGUAACAGUGCUAAUGCGAUGGAGAGCUGGGGCGACGGGAGCCGCUGUCUCAAACUUAAAGGACAGAUGAGAUACAUGCCGGAGUGGGAGUCCAUCAUCUUCCUGGGAACUCCUGUGAUGGAGAGCCUGAGUGCGAUGUUCAAGACCGGCCUGUACAUCAACGACCUGAGCAUGCACGACUCCAGCAGAGACCUGGUGCUGGCGGGCACUCAGCAGUCGGAGGAGCUGAAGAGGGCGCUCAUACAGGAGCAAAAGAAGUCCAGUAAGCUGGAGGAGAGCAUGAAGAUGCUGGACUACGAGAUGAAGAAGACCGAUGACCUUUUGUACAGGAUGAUUCCCAAGCCGGUGGCUAAAAGGCUGCGCAAAGGAGAGCCGGCUGUAAACACUUGUGAGGUGUUCCCAGAUGUGACCAUCCUCUUCAGCGACGUGGUGGGAUUUACUCGCAUUUGCAGCCACAUCACUCCGAUGCAGGUGGUCUCCAUGCUCAACACCAUGUAUACGCUGUUCGACACGCUCAGCGAGAAGCACCGAGUCUUCAAGGUCGAGACCAUUGGAGAUGCCUACAUGGUGGUAGCCGGGGCUCCAGAGAAGACAAAGUACCAUGCUCACAACAUCUGCGACAUGGCCCUGGACAUGGUGCGCUCCAUAGACCACCUGAAAGACCCCUCGAACGGCAACAACAUACAGAUUCGCGUCGGGAUCCACUCCGGGAUGGUUGUGGCAGGCGUGGUGGGACACAAGAUGCCACGCUACGGUCUGCACGGCGACACAGUCCACACUGCGUCUGCCAUGGAGAGCAAUGGAAAGGAGAUGCACAUUCAGCUCAGCAGCGCCACCUACGAGCACCUGAAAGGAAGUCACUUUAUCUUUGAGAGGAGGGGUACCAUCACCAUCAAGGGAAAUGUUGAAAUUGAGACCUACUGGCUCAAAGGAAAGAGGGACAAAGAUGGGAACGCUCAGGCAGCGUGUCCGCAGUUUGAGACCCAGACCAUCAGUAAGGCCAUCAGCAAGGCCACCAUCUCAGGCACCGAGGCCACAGGGGACGACGAGGGACUGGUUUUCCCACUGGUGGCGGGGGAGGACGAGGAUGACGUCAAGUCUAUCCGCUCUCAUCGCAUCAAGAUGGAAAUUUCAGGCCAUUCUCUGGAGGAGUCGAUGGAGGAGUGCCGGGUGGAGGAGAUGUCGGUUCAUAAGUCCCACUACAAGGACGCUUUGCAGGACGGCCUGCAGGACGCUCACCUGGAGCUGGACUCACCUGAGUCCGAUGGCAGAGACUCCAUCAUGGAGUCCCGCGGCAGCUCCUGUGACUCCCGCUGCUCCAAGAGCGCCAUGUGCUCCGUGUCGUGAACAAACAAAGCCAGAAAUUCAUUUGUGUUUCUGUUUCUGAAGCGCUACUUGUGCGUCUCACUCAGAGCUUUGAAUGUUAGGCCAAUGUUAGGUUGGAUAGGAGUGCUGUUUUGCUCUUAUUUUAGCCUUUUUUUUUGGUGGAGUUCUUGCGUACUAGUCUGGAGCACUUGACAUUUUCUAGAGGGCCUUGCGGGUGUUUUGUUGCACGGUAACAUCAUCAGUACGUAUUUAGCUCUGACAAUACAGAAAUCAAUCGCGGCUGAUUUCUGACUUUGAUCGGUUCAAACAGCUGCCUCGGAGCUUUAACAAAAAAACCCUACAAGUGAGCAGACAACCCUCCAAUUAAUACUUCUCAUUAGUCACCCAUUGUGUAACAUGUCUCAGUACCGCUGCCAGCGUGGUUCCGCUGGACUCAAACUCUGUGAUUUUCUACACCGUUUUGUUCUGUAGUUUUGACGUCUUGUUUCAUUCCCUGAAUAAAAUCACUCUGAAUCUC